AUGCUGAUCGAUUCCAGUUUUUUUGAAUUUGACACAUUUGAAGCAAUCGCUAAGGAAUUGGGUAAAACCGACUGGAAUUUCAGUCUAAACCCUUGUGAUGGCAACCCCAACUGGUCUACCCCGAAAAGGAAUGAUUUGCCUCAGUACAACAACUCUCUCCUCUGCAACUGCAACUUUUCGAAUGGUACUGUUUGUCAUGUCCCGCAAAGUGAUCUCACGAGGAACUACCUCAACGGCACCAUUCCCCGCUCAUGGGCAUCUAUGAAAAACUUGGAGUAUCUGUCAGUCACUGUUAAUCGCUUAUCCAACCCAAUCCCAACUUACCUGGGACGCAUAAAAUCGCUUGUUUAUGUGAGUCUGGAGAGCAACAUGUUUAGUGGGAAAGUUCCAGCUGAGCUGGGCAAACUAGAGAAUUUGGCAAAUCUUGUUCUUAAUGCUAAUAAUCUCUCUGGUGAUUUGCCAAUUGAAUUGAAUAAUCUUACACAACUGCUGGAACUUAGGCUAAGCAGUAACAACUUCACUGGAAAAUUGCCUAAUUUUCAAAGCUGGCCUAGUCUCCAGUAUCUGGAUCUAAGCUUCAAUAGGCUUGAGGGUAAGAUUCCAAAUUUUGCUGGCUUGGAUCAUAUGGAGACUAUGUACUUGACGGGCAAUGCUCUUACCGGACCUAUUCCAGAUUGGAUCAAGAAUAUAGAUGCUAGACAUGAGAUAGAUCUUUCAUACAACAACUUGUCACAAACCUCUGAGCCUUUGGAUUGUCAUGAAACCUUAAAUCUGUAUAAAAGCUGUGAUGAUGGGAGACAGCUCUUCAAGAUGUAUAACACAUUUUAUUUUUCCUUCUGUUUUCUGUCCUUUUGGUCUGUUGAAGAAUACUAUUCUUUGCAUGUCAACUGUGGUGGAGACAGAACUACAUUGGGGAGCAGAAUUUUUGAAGCAGAUCAAGUAUCAGGAGGUCCUGCAAAAUUUGUCCCCUCGGUUGAGAACUGGGGAACCAGUAGUACUGGUGAUUUUAUGGGCUUGAACGGUAGUAUGAGUAAUUACCUAGCGAAAAAUGUCUCUGUGAUUAGAGCAAAUGACUCACAGUUGUUCACAACAGCCCGACUGUCUCCUUUAUCUCUAACUUACUACGGUCGCUGUUUGGCUAAAGGAAACUACACGGUGACCCUUUACUUUGCUGAGAUAGUUCUUAGGGACAAUCGAUCUUAUCAAAGUCCUGGAAGGCGGAUGUUUGAUGUCCAUAUCCAGGGUGAACAGAGACUAAAGGAUUUAGACGUUGAAUGGGAAGCACAAGGAGUUGGCAAACCAGUACCGAAAGAAUAUGAGGGGGUAGUGGUGGAUAAGGGAAUUUUGGAAAUACGCUUUGAUUAUAGAGGAAAAGGAACAACUGUUGCACCCAGAAAGGGAACAUACGGAGCUUUGAUUUCUGCUAUUUCAGUAGAAUCUGAAUUUUCCCCUCCUUCAAAAGGGAAGAAGAAGAUUUACAUUGCAGUGGGAACAUCGGUUGCUGCAUCAAUCAUUAUUCUCACAAGUCUAGGUAUCAUAUGGAGAAGAUGGUACAGAAGAAACUACAUAUCAAGAGAGAAAGAACUGAAAGGAUUGGACUUGCGCACUGGUAUAUUCACCUACAGACAGAUUCAAGCUGCAACUGAGAAUUUCAGUGCCGUGAAUAAGAUUGGAGAAGGUGGUUUUGGAGCUGUCUAUAAGGCCCUCGUUCUACGAACAAAAGGAAGCUUGCUAGAGCUAGUGGAUCCUAGGUUGGGUUCAAAUUUCAAUGAGGAAGAGGCACUGAGAAUGAUCAAAGUAGCAUUAAUGUGCACUAAUCCAUCACCUGCACUCAGGCCUACCAUGUCAUCUGUUGUUCGUCUGCUUGAAGGUCAUUUAGGCAACGAUGAUCUGACAUCAGAUCCAAGUGUUUACGAUAACGGGCUAAAACUUCAAGGACUGAGAGACAAAUAUUCAGAGUUACAGCAAUCCAGCAGCUCCCAAACAGUUUCUACUCCAUCAGAGAAAGAUAGUACUUCAUUGUCAUCUACCAGAAUCUAA